AUGGGUUCUACUGACACAAAUAAUGUUAAAAAACAGUUGAAUCACAACAACAACAAUGAAAUGAUUCGUGAAUAUGGCCCAAAUUUAAAAAUACUACCUACGAAUGAUCAAGUUAAAGAAUUACAAACAAUUCUACGUGAUAAAAACACUUCACGAAGUGACUUUAAAUUUUAUGCUGAUCGUUUAAUUAGACUUGUUAUCGAAGAAAGCUUAAACCAACUACCAUUUACAAAAAUUGUGAUAACUACACCUACUGGAGCUAGUUACAAUGGCUUGAAAUAUCAAAAAGGAAACUGCGGUGUGUCGAUAGUCAGAAGUGGUGAAGCUAUGGAGCAAGGUUUAAGGGAUUGCUGUCGGAGCAUAAGAAUUGGAAAAAUAUUAGUUGAAAGUGAUAUGGAUACACACGAAGCCAAGGUAGUUUAUGCUAAAUUUCCAGAUGAUAUAGCUGAUCGUAAAGUGUUACUGAUGUAUCCAAUCAUGAGCACUGGAAAUACUGUGAUAAAAGCUAUAGCUGUUUUAAAAGAGCAUAAUGUAUUAGAAGAAAAUAUUAUUCUUUCGAAUUUAUUUUGCACACCACCCGCUGCUAAAACUCUAGUCAGUGUUUUUCCUAAGAUGAAGAUUUUAACAUCAGAAAUUCACAACGUUGCACCAAACCAUUUUGGACAGAAAUAUUUUGGUACGGAUUAA